UCCGUAUUCGUUCUUACCUUCAAACGUUAAAAUGAAGUAUUUGUGUCUGCUCCUUUUGGCCACGUCGGUGUCUUGCCGCUUCACCGACGACUUCUACCAACUUUUGGCCAAGAAGAAUGCAAACAAGAAUCUCAUUUCCUCGCCCCUUUCCGUCGAAAUCGCACUGAGCAUGGCCUACAUGGGAGCCAGGGGAAAAACAGCCCAAGAAAUGAGGCAAGUGUUGAAACUGCCCGAGGACAAAAAGCAAGUGGCAGCCAAGUACAAGGAUCUUCUGACGGAGCUCGAAGGUCGCGAGAAGGUAGCCAUUCUAAGUCUGGCAAACCGCAUAUACGUGAACAAUGGGUACGAACUAGUACCGGGAUACAAUCAGAUAGUCAAGGAUUCCUUUAAGGCUGAGGCGGAGGCAAUCAGCGUUGCUGAUCCUAAAAAAGCUGCUUCAAUUGUCAAUAAGUGGGUAGAUAACCAGACCCGUGGUAAAAUCAGAGACAUAGUUGAAGCCAAGGACAUGAGUGAUCUGAUUUUGAUCAUCUUAAAUGCCAUUUACUUUAAAGGCCAGUGGGCGUUUAUAUUUAAUCCCAAGUUUACAGAGAAGGUAGAUUUUCGCAUUUCGGAUCAAAAGAGUGUUCCUGUCGAGAUGAUGUCACACAUAGGAUCAUUUAAGGCUGCACAUAUUAGCGAAUUAGGUGCCAAAGUUAUUGAGCUGCCCUACAGAAAUUCAAGCCUCUCUAUGGUCAUCUAUCUACCGGAUAGGAUCGAUGGGCUACCGGAGUUGGAGAAAAAGAUCGAUGGAUUCUCCUUGAACCUUCCCCACAUUAAAGUGUCUUUAAGUCUGCCCAAGUUCAAAAUUGAAUUCUCCGAUGAUUUAGUCGAUCAACUUAAAGAGAUGGGCAUUCAAGAGGCGUUCCAAAUGUCGGCUGACUUCAAUGAUCUGGUUGCUAAGACUGGGGCUAAAGUGGGGAGCGUCGUUCAUAAGGCGUUUAUAGAGGUUAAUGAAGAAGGUGCCGAAGCAGCGGCCGUAACAAAAAUAUUUGGGCCUUUGAGUGCUGAUCCGGAAUGUCUGAAUUUAAAUGUCGAUCAUCCAUUUGCAUAUGUCAUUCGCGAUGAAAAGACCAUUUAUUUUCAGGGCCACUUCGUGAACCCGGAAUGAUAAAAGAUAUUCUGUUAUAUUAAUAAUAAACAGAACAUUUUACAUGGAAA